GGGAGGGGGGAGUGGGAUGGGGGGGGCGAAGCGACUCCGGAGUGACACUCCCGCUCCCGCGCCCCCCGGCCCGGAGCAAGGGCUGCUCCCGGCAUGCGGGGCCCGGCCGCCCCCCCCAGCCCGGCCGCCCCCUCGCUGAAGUGGAGCCGGGAUCGGGGCCAGGAGCCGGGAGCAGACAGAUGAUCCCACGGGAGGGACCCUGGUGACCGGGAGACGCCACGGGGGCACUGGACACUCCAGGGGGGGGUGCCAGCGCGAUGUUCCCGCUGUGCUGGCCUGGCCUGCGCUGCUGCCCACCGUGCCCUUCCCCGGCCAUGAACGGCCCUCCCGGCCCAGCGCCCCCCAACUCCUACCACUACAAGAGCUUCUGUGGGGACUUUGAGCGGGUGGAGACAGUGCUGGAGCGCCUGGAGGCCAGCGGCUUCUACUGGGGCAGCCUCUCAGGCACUGAGGCCAAACGGUUGCUCAGCCCCCACCCACCAGGCGCCUUUCUGGUGCGGGACUCUUCUGACCACCGGCACCUCUUCACACUAAGCCUGCGCACAGGCACUGGCAUCACCAACCUGCGCAUCCAGCAGCGGGGCACUGCCUUCCACCUGGAGACGCUACCUGGUGCUCCCCCACCACCUGCCUUUGCCUGUGUGGUGCAGCUGGUGGAGCACUACCUGGCACAGGGCAGGCACGGCGGACCCUGCUACCUGGAAGCCCAGGGUGGUGCCCCUGUGCCCUUGGCCCUGGCUCGCCCACUGCGCUGCAAGGUGCCUUCGCUGCAGGAGCUGUGCCGCCGGGCUGUACGGGCCAGUGUGCGGGCUGGCAGUGGGGAGCAUGACCUUGAGGGGCUGCCCGUGCCCCGGGCCCUGCGCAACUCCCUGCUGCACAGCUGAGGGCAUCAUUUGGGGGGGUGGGGGGUGGAAAUCCCUUCACAUCCAGGGAGGGAAGGCACACAGAUCCCAAGGAUCCUCCUGACCAUGGUGGCUAGGGACCCCCUCACAGUUGGGGAAUCUGGGAGUGCUGGGAGUAGCACUUGGCAUUCCCCUGCACAGCUGCGGACAGGCUAGGGGGGGAUAGGGGACAUCCCAGAGCAGCAGGGAGACAGGGGGAUCCUGUCCCAUAUGGGGCACAGGAAGGGAACUCCAAGCCCAGGCCCUAGAGAUCUCCCUCAUUCCACUCCCCCCCACCCCCAGAUCAGGGAUGCAGGGGACUCCAGGCCUCUCUGCAGAGCCAGGGGUGAGGUGACUUGGAAGGCCCUGCAGGGAGAAGGGUCUACUUCAGAAUUGGCCCCUGUUCUGUGCACCUCCCAGAUGGGGCCAGAGGCAUGGGGGUGGGGGAUGUUGAGUCAGGACUCCAAGGUUCCCUAGGAGGGACUAGGCCAAGAGUCAGUGUGUUCCCCCUACAGCUGAUGCUGCAACCCCCACACCCGCACCGUGGGCCCUUGGGUGCCUCUUUCAAGCUCUCUCCAGGAGCAUAUCCUGGGCUCUGUUAACUCCAUCUGCACUCGGGACCAGGGGCCCCAGGAGUGAAUAAACACCACCCUGUACCACA